AUGACCAUGAAGGAAAUUAUCGAGAGACAUCCGGUCAAUCCACGGGGCGCAGGAUAUCGCAAAUUAUACCUCAUGGCUUCGUUGAUUUUCUUGUGCUCCACGAUGAAUGGAUACGACAGCAGUCUGAUGGGUUCCAUCAACGCACUACCCAAUUAUACGCAAUAUUAUGAUCUCCCGGAGGAUGGAAACAUCGGCCAAAUGGCAGGCGCUCUUUUUAUCUGGAUGGCAGACUGGCUCGGACGACGUGCUCACAUCUUCAUGGGAUGUCUUGGAGUCUGCGUGGCUACCAUUGUAACGAGCACCGCACCAAAUCUAUCAGUCUUUAUAGCAGGGCGAUUCCUGCUGUCGUUCUUCGCGACCUGUGCACACACAGCAUCCCCUUUGCUUCUCGUGGAACUGGCACCUCCGCAAUACCGUGGGACCUUGGCCGGAAUGUACAACACUCUCUAUUAUGCGGGUUCGAUUCUGGCCACGUCAGCCGUGUAUGGCGCUCAUUUGCACCUGAGUCACAUUGGUCAACUCGACUGGCGAUUGCCUCUGUGGCUGCAAAUGGCCUGUCCGGGCAUUGUUUGCCUGGGAAUCUGGUUCUGCCCCGAGUCGCCUAGAUGGCUGAUUUCCAAAGACCAACACGCCCGAGCCGAGGCCUUCAUAGUCGAGUGCCACGCCAAUGGCGAUGCCUCACACCCCAUGGUCGCAUUGGAAAUGGGAGAAAUGACCGAAAACCUGCAAUCCGAAGGGGUGACGGGGUGGCGAAACAUCAUUGACCUGUCCGUCCUCGUCAAAUCCCGAUCGCGUCGCUAUCGGUUGAUGUUGAACCUGGCCUUUAGUUGGUUUGGGCAAUUCUCCGGAAACAAUGUCAUUUCGUAUUAUCUUCCAACGUUGUUGAAGAACGUCGGGAUCACCGACACAAACACCCAGUUGCUUCUCAACAUCAUCUAUGCAUUGACCGGAUGGAUCGCAGCUACCGUUGGAACUCGAUUCCACGACAUCGUCGGUCGCCGCAAGAUGUUCCUCGGUUCCACUGGAGGGAUGGUGAUCUGCCUGGCCAUUACAGCAGCCACGACUGCGGUGUUUGUUCAAUCGUCGAACCAUGCCGCCUCGACAGCAGCCAUUGUCUUCAUCUAUAUCUUCGGGGUUGUUUUUGCCUUCGCGUUCACGUCCAUGCAACCGAUUUACCCCGGCGAGGUCAUGUCCAACGAUAUGCGAGCAAAAGGAAUGGGGACAUUCAAACUGACGGCCGGUGCGGCUGGGUUCGUGAAUACGUUUGCGGCACCGGUAGCCUUGACGAAUAUCGGGUACUGGUUUUAUGUGUUCUUCGUGUUUUGGGAUUGCUUCGAGUUUGCGUUUAUUUAUUUCUUCUUUGUGGAGACAAAAGAUCGCACGCUCGAAGAGCUGGAGGAGGUCUUCCAGGCCAAGAAUCCUCGAAAGGCCAGCUUGAAGGUUAAGAGAUCUCAAGGAGAAACCUGAUCGUCCGGUUGCGCCUGGGUGCACCGCGUCAGUAUGCGAGUGGGAUGGAAGAGAGUGCAGAGGACAUUAAUAUGAUCCAUGCAGGGGUGUUAGGACCAUCGUGCUCCGAGAGGAUGCACCAGCAUGACAUGCGAUCAUAUCGUGACGUGGCGGAGUUGCAUCGGCAGCAUCAAUCAGAGACAGUCUAGGGACCGAGCGAUAUUAAACGGCCUCGCGAACUGUUUCUGUUCCUGCCAGCGCCCCACCGACUGCAGAUCUUCCUCAAUCAGACACUCUGGGCAUGUCGAUCGCCAUAAACACCCGCAUGGCAUGACCUCCAUUUGUGGAAAAAAUUCCGGAUGGGACGCAGUCGACGCAUUAAAGUGA